UGACUCCUCAGUGUCUUCCCCUCCAACCCCGCUACCCACAAAAUAGAUUUUAUGAAUACUUCCUUCUCCUGUCUCCCACGAAUACAACGCCUGUACCGCACACCAGCUCUAUCUCGAUAUAGAGCCGUCUUCCUGCCAGCCACUUUCCACGGCAUUCGCGCGCUACGAACGAAGAAAUACGUAAUGGCGGCCGCAGCGUCUUCUCUGUCGGACCAGCUCAAGUCUUUAGACCUUGGGACUCCUUUGCCCAAGUAUUCGAAUUGCUACCCAGAAGUCAAUCCAGUCGACAUUUAUCGAGCACAUAUCACCUCAAUCCUCACGGAAGUAACUGGUGUGGAAGCUUCAAUUAUCUACCCAGCGCUACAAUGGACCCAAACGUUAGAUAAAGGUGACUUGGUUCUACCUGUGCCUGCGUUGCGAGUCAAAGGCAAGAAGCCUGCAGAGCUUGCAGCAGAGUGGGUUGAGAAGUUCCCAGAGUCCCCCCUUGUGGAGAAGCCAACUACAAAUGGAACCUUUGUCCAAUUCUUCUUCAAAGUCGAAAAGCUUGCGAAGAUCCUCAUACCCACGAUCUUAAAGAACCCGAAGACAUUUGGUUUGAACCCGUUCAAUGGCAUGAAAGACCCACAAGAUCCUUCGAAGGGAAAGAAAAAGAUGAUUGUUGAGUUUUCCUCUCCAAACAUUGCAAAGCCGUUCCAUGCUGGCCAUCUUCGAAGCACGAUCAUUGGCGGAUUUUUGGCGAAUCUAUAUCAGGGUGCGGGAUGGGAUGUCGUUCGCAUAAACUACUUGGGAGACUGGGGUAAGCAGUAUGGACUUCUGGCUCUUGCAUAUGAGAGGUACGGCGAUGAGAAGGCGCUAGAGGUAGAUCCUAUCAACCACCUCUUCGAAAUCUACGUCAAAAUCAAUAAGGACAAGGAGGACGAGAAAGCGAAGAUCAAGGUGGCAGAGGAAGCUGGAGAAGACGUGACAGAACUCAAGGAUAAGGAAUUAGACGAACAAGCUCGCCGAUACUUCAAGGCUAUGACUGAGAACGACGAGAAGGCACUUGCCCUGUGGAAGCGCUUCCGCGAUCUGAGCAUCAAGCGAUACAUGCAAACAUAUGCUCGCUUGAACAUUCAUUUCGAUGACUACUCAGGAGAAAGUCAGGUCAGCCAAGAACGAAUGGAUGCUGCUGCUAAGAAAUUAGAGGAGACGGGUGUUUCAGAGGUAUCAGAAGGUGCUGUUAUUGUGGACUUCAGCAAGCUCGUUCCAGGAAAGCCAGGAAAGAGUCUCGAGCGCCCGAUCAUCAAGAAGAAGGAUGGAACAGCACUGUAUCUCACCCGAGAUAUAUCUGAGAUGGUCCGACGAAACGAAACCUACAAAUUUGAUCACAUGAUCUACGUGGUUGCCUCACAACAAGAUCUGCACCUGAGGCAAUUAUUCAAGAUUAUCGAGUUGAUGGGGUACAAAGAGCUUGCGGCCAAGGUUCAACACAUUAAUUUCGGUAUGGUGCUGGGAAUGAGCACUCGAAAGGGCACAGUAAAGUUUUUGGAUGAUAUCCUCCGCGACGUCGCAGAGAAGAUGCACGAGGUGAUGCAGAAGAACCAGGCUAAGUACGAGCAAGUCGCGAACCCACUCGAGACGGCCGAUAUUCUCGGUAUCAGCAGUGUCAUGGUCCAAGAUUUGAGCGGAAAGCGAAUCAACAACUACACAUUUGACAUUAAUGUCAUGACCUCUUUUGAAGGGGACACUGGCCCAUACCUCCAGUACGCACACGCUCGUCUCUGCUCUAUCACCCGCAAGGCAGCGCUUAGCACCGAAGAAAUUGCCUCCGCCAACCUUGCACUUCUCACAGAGCCCCACGCACUUAAUCUCAUCCGUGUCAUCUCGCAAUACCCUGAUGUGGUACAGAACACGCUCAAGACGCUGGAGCCUACCACUAUCUUGACGUAUUUGUUCAAGAUGACACACACACUGAGCUCCAGUUAUGAUCAUUUGAGGAUCGUGGGCUCCGAGAAGGACUUGAUGAAGGCUCGUAUGGCGCUGUAUGACUCGGCGAGGAUCGUGCUGAAUAAUGGAAUGAGAAUAUUGGGAUUGACGCCUGUUGAGCGAAUGUAGGAGGACGGGGCACUUCUUCUUGAUAGAUACCCAGGAUUGAAAGGACAGUUGACGGUUGACUUGUUAUUUGUCUGAUUGCAUCAGCAUUGGCGUGACUUUUACGGUCAGGCAGGCGUUUCGCACGGCAAGCAUGGUAGACUUUCAGAGAACAAAAGUUACAGGUAGAUGUGAAGAACGCAUCUAUUGACUUCGUAAUUGAACGAACUACAUUUUCUAUAAAAACAACUCUCUACGAUGCCUGAGAUGGACCAUUUACGUAAGAGAUUGAGGCAUGGGGAACCUAAAGUCAUGGCCAGUGACUGAUAUACCAUACUUUCCCCUUGAAAGGACUCAGAUGCCAUACUCGUAUACAAAUA